CUCUGUAGGGGGGGCUUGUUCACACCACCCUGUGCUGCCGGAGUAUAAAUCAGACCUCUCAGUGCGCGGGAACUUUGCCCAGAGUAUAACUCAGUUUUUGCAACAAGGACAUUUAAUUUGAAACAUGCAGCCGUCGAACCGAACUUACGGACACUCCGUGCGUAAUUACGCACCCGCGUCGCAGAACGGUCAGUGCGCAAAGCCCUCCUCGGGUAAGUCCUUCACUAUUGAGGCUUUGCUGGCCAAACCGGAGGAGAAUAUCACCACGAGUCCCACUCACAGCGGGUUAAAAGCGGCUGCGUGCGCGUUGCCCCUCGCUUCCUUACCCAUGAUGCCCGUGGCGUGCGUCUGCUCACCAAACGUGUUUCACUCCAUCCAGCAGCAGCCUGGGUAUUCUAUGUACUGCUGCCCGCCGCUCACCUACCAUUCAGCAUGUCAAGGCACAUUUUACUCACAAGCCGCCGCGUCCAACGUGAGCGCAGGGCUGCACGCGCUCAAAACCAAAGAAGGAAAGUCGAAACGGAUGCGCACGAGCUUCACCAGCGAGCAGCUGUCCCGGCUGGAGAAGGAGUUCGCGCGGCAGCAGUACAUGGUGGGCUCAGAGAGGUUCCUCCUGGCCUCCGCUCUGCAGCUCACAGAAGCGCAGGUUAAAGUCUGGUUCCAGAAUCGACGCAUUAAGUGGCGCAAGCAGAGUUUAGAGCAGCAACAGGCCAAACUGGCCAAACUGGGUCUGGCUGCUCCACCAAGAAGUCCUGGAUCUGAUGGCCACGGUGAGGGCGAGGUGUUCUCAGACUCAGAUGUGGAUGUUGACUCAUCAGACCACAAUUAACCUACUGGACUUCUGAACAAAGACAUUUGAGAAAGGAGACCGCUGUUUCCAACUAUACAACUAUUUAUAGCUAUUUAAAUUUCUACUUCCAU